AGGUCCAGCGCCCGACUGCCCUGCGGUCGGGUCGGCCGGGGCUGCGCGCAGCGGGGACGGUGAUGGCGCCUGCGGCGUCUAGGCUGCGGUCCGAGGCCGCGCUCGGGUCGCUCCCUCGGCGCGCGCUCACCCAGUACCUGCUGCUGCUGCGGCUCUACCCGGUGCUCACCAAGGCGGCCAGCAGUGGCGCUCUGUUGGCACUUGGCAAUGUCCUGGCCCAGAUGAUUGAGAAGAAGAGGAAAAAAGAAGACUCUCAAAAUCUGGACGUCAGUGGGCCUCUCAGAUAUGCAGUUUAUGGGUUCUUUAUCACAGGCCCACUGAGCCACUACUUCUACCUGCUCAUGGACCACUGGAUCCCUCCCGGGGCGCCCUGGGCAGGCAUCAGGAGGCUCCUCUUGGACCGCCUGGUCUUCGCACCUGCCUUCCUGCUGCUGUUCUUCCUCGUCAUGAACCUGCUGGAGGGGAAGGAUGCUGAGACCUUAGCCACCAAGAUGAGGAGUGGCUUCUGGCCUGCCCUGAGGAUGAACUGGCGAGUAUGGACACCCCUGCAGUUUGUCAACAUCAACUAUGUGCCCCUGCAGUUCCGGGUGCUCUUUGCCAACCUGGCAGCUCUGGUAUGGUACGUCUAUCUGGCCUCUCUGGGGUAGUGACGCUGGCCUGGGGAGGACAUCAGGUGCAUCUGGACAGGGGAGAGCAGAGCCCAGCCAGGACGUCUUCUGACUUUAAAUCAUGUGAUUUGAGAUGCCUCAGAAUUGUGAUUGGAGAAACAGAAGUCUCUAAAUGUAAGAGUGCUGUGUCUCAGAGGUGGCCUCAUUGCCUGGACCAAGAGGUUGCAAUAAACAGAGAUGAUCAGCUGCU